AUGGUGAAACUUCCAUCGCAGGCGGCUUGUCGUGCGUGUCUCGGUGCCCGGCAAGCGGCACGACCAGCUCAGAUUCAUGCAAGGGUGCAGCACCUCACUACCAGCCUCGCACGAGCGCCAGUCCGGAGCACGACCCGCAUAUCGUUCGCCCGCUCAACAGGCUUGAUCCACGACAGGCAAGGCUCACAGCUCUUUUCGACGUCGUCAGCCCACAGGAGCGAUGCUUCCUCUCCAGAGCGAUCGUCGACGACAAUCAGCAUUUUAGGCAAAGAAUAUCCUACGGAUGAUUACACGAACAUCCCCGCUUCGAUUCUGGACCGUCUGUCUCCGACACCUCAGCUUCCGUACACCAAGGAUCACCCACUGGCGCUACUACGAGAGCAGCUCGAAGCAUCCAUCGGACCACAUUACACUGCAAUCCAUGCGACGUCUCCCGUGGUCACCACUGAGCUCAACUUCGAGGAUCUAGGCAUCGCCGCAAACCACCCCGGCCGCAGUCCCACUGACACCUACUAUGUCAACCGCACCACCUGUCUGCGUACUCAUACCUCGGCGCACGAAGUCGAGACCUUUCGCAACAAGAACGAACGAUGGCUGCUCACUGCCGAUGUGUAUCGCCGCGACGAGAUCGAUGCCUCUCAUUACCCUAUCUUUCACCAGGUGGAGGGCGCCGCGAUCUUUGCCCACCAAGACUAUGCACCCGGAGGAAAGGUGGAAAAGGAGUGCGAAGCGAUGGAGGCCAAGCUCGCCAAAGCCAACUUUGAGAUCGAAGACGUAGUCGGUCUGUCUGAGGCAGGGGGAUACCAGAGUCAUCACGACCCUCGCGAGGCCGCACUUGCCGUGCGACACUUGAAGGCGACGCUCAAUGGUCUUGUGUUCGACCUGUUCGCAGACCGUCACGCUUUUGAGACGGCCCAAAAGGGUGGAUCAGCCUCAGACCCGCUGCGAGUACGUUGGAUACCUGCCUUUUUCCCUUUCACGUCUCCGUCAUACGAGGUGGAAGUGUGGUUCCGAGGCAAGUGGCUCGAGAUUCUGGGAUGCGGCGUGGUGCAGCAAAGGACGUUGGACAAAGCAGGUGUACCGGAUCGACUGGGUUGGGCAUUCGGCCUGGGUCUCGAGCGCAUCGCCAUGGUGCUCUAUUCCAUCCCGGACAUUCGUCUCUUCUGGACGCAGGACCCGCGCUUCUUGGGUCAAUUCGCUAGCUCGAGCAGCAACGAGGUCUCUGCUGCAGGCGGUCAAGCCAAGAGCGGCGCUGCGAAGCCUAAGCUCCUCACUUUCAAGCCGUACUCCAAGUAUCCGCCCUGCUACAAGGAUGUCUCAUUCUGGCUUCCACAGGAUCGCGCAUUCCACGAAAACGAUCUGUUCGAGAUCGUCCGCGACCGCGUGGGCGAUUUGGUCGAGGACGUGGUCAAGAUCGACGACUUUGUGCAUCCAAAGACCAAGAAGCAGAGUCUGUGCUAUCGUAUCAACUACCGUUCCAUGGAUCGGUCGCUCGAGAACGAAGAGGUCAACCAGCUCCACUCGGAUGUCCUGUCUAGGUUGGUCGAACAGCUGUCUAUCGAGAUUCGGUAG